UCUGUCGUUAGCUUGAUGUGCUAAGCUAACAGAAGCAUGUAGCUGUACGAACGGGAUUGUGAAAUAAUUGUUUGUGUUUAUUAUCACGUCUGCUGAAGAAGCCAAGGUAAAAGAACUCCAUUUAUCAAAGUAAAACACGUAAUGCUACUCGGCUAAAGCUACACGGACAUCAUGUUACUUGAAAUACUGCAGGGAAAUGACUCUGGAGGAUUUCUGCUUAUUAAAGACACUGCACAAUAUUCUGGAAGACCCUUAUUAAAAGGUUUAAUCAAAGCCUCGUUGCAAAGAGAUGAAGAUGUCCACGUGAUCCUGUUUGAAGUCAGUGAACAGGAGUUGAAAGAUGGAUUAAAAGAAAUUCCAAGUCAAAAGUUACACAUCCAUAAUGCAUACGAAGACCCCCUCGGUUGGACAAAUAGCACUUCUUUCACAGCUCAACACUUCUCCUUAAACUACCUCACACAGAUGUUAAAACUAAAUCCUCAACCAAAGGCGACAACACUCGUAAUCGACUCUCUCUCCUGGAUUUUAAGACACGUCAGUACCACCAACGUUUGUUCUACACUUCACCAACUAAAAAAGGGAGCAGCUGUGAGAACUGUUUUGAGUCUGCUUCAUGCCGAUAUGCAUCAGAGAGGCACUGUAGGGAGUGUGUGUCAUCUUACCACUUCACUCAUCACUGUGGCACCUGGCAACGCAGCAGACAAUUGUGUAGCAAAGAUUACAAAGCGCACGAAGUCUGGGAAAGUGCUGCAGCAAGAGCAUUCGUUUAGAAUCGAUGAAGAUUUGACAAUAACGGUGCUAAACAAGACGCCAAAUAUUGAGUCUGUGCCUGAAGAACAUCAGAUGGAUCCAACUGCAAAUUUGACAUUUAACUUGCGCUUAUCAGACAAAGAACGAGAAGCAAAGGAAAAACUUUUACUUCCCUUUAUGUUCAGCAAAGACAAAAAAGACGCUCUUCUUCACUCGGGCUCUGGUUCAGGACGGAUUCUGUAUGAGCCUGAUGCCAGUGACGACUACGACCAGGAAGACCCAGAUGAUGAUCUGGAUGUUUAAACAUCAGUGGAC